AAUUAUUUAGGAUUUUAAAUUAAACAGUAUGCGUUGCAAAAUUAUUUUGUCAUAGUCCAAAGCAAUUGUAAAAUUCUAGUGAGGAAACAUAUUAAAGACUAUGUAAAAUACAAGCGAGUUUCUGUGAAAAUAUGUCAUUCAGUAUUGUGGUAUAGUCUUCUCUAGUUUGACAUUAACGUAAAAUUCUUCAACAUGAAGAAACUGUUUUCUAAAAUAGAAACUAAGAUCGAUAACAAUACAAAAGAAACUAAUAAUCAGGUCGGAAAAGUUUUCACUGUUGGCAGGGUCACAGUUACUGUCGAAGAUGUCAUAGCAGAGGGAGGGUUUGCAGUAGUGUUCUUAGCAAAGGGAAGUAGUGGUGCAAGAUAUGCUCUUAAAAGAAUGUAUGUUAACAAUGAACAUGACCUCAAUAUUUGUAGAAGAGAAAUUCAGAUAGCUAGCAAUCUAAGUGGUCACAAAAAUAUAAUUGGUUACAUAGAUUCCAGUAUACUACAUACUGGAAAUGGUGUUUACGAAAUUUUACUCCUGAUGCCUUACUGCAAAACUCAUGUGCUGGCCAUAAUGAAUACAAGGUUACAAACAGGGUUUAGUGAACAAGAAGUAAUGCAAAUUUUUUGUGAUACUGUUGAAGCUGUGUCUCGUCUUCAUCAUUGUCAAACGCCUAUAAUUCACCGCGACUUAAAAGUAGAAAAUAUUUUAAUGACAGAACAGGGUUCUUAUGUAUUGUGUGAUUUUGGUUCGGCUACUGGUAAAAUUUUAAACCCAACCACUCAUGGUGUUGCUUUAGUAGAGGAAGAAAUUAAAAAAUAUACAACCCUUUCAUAUAGAGCACCAGAAAUGGUAGAUAUGUAUUCAGGGAAACCAAUUACAACAAAGGCAGAUAUUUGGGCUUUGGGUUGUUUAUUAUAUAAAUUAUGCUUUUUUACUCUUCCAUUUGGUGAGAGCACCUUAGCAAUUCAAAGCGGGAAUUUUGUUAUUCCUGAUAAUUCCAAAUAUAGCAGAGGUGUUCAUCAAUUGAUAAAUUAUAUGCUGGAACCAGAUGCUGACAAGAGACCAGAUAUUUUUCAAGUCAGUGAAAUAGCAUUUAAAGUAGUUGGAAAGGACAAUCCAGUUCAAAUUUGCAUGUGAAAAAGCCCUAUUCCAAUUCUCCAGAAUUUACCACUUCCGGCCUUUGAGUCUGAAGUGAAACGAUCAUCUGUGAAACUAAGUAAACCAGCUGCAAGUACUUUGGUUGAAGGAACUAGUGUCACACCCAGGCAAAGGCCUAAAGGAAGUCAACCACCAUUAUUGAUAAAUUCAAACAUACCAAUAACACUGAACACAAAUGUAGCACCGGUUAGUAAUACACAUUCACCAGUUUCAAUAUCAGAACCACAAACUCUGGCACCUCCUCCUAGUCAGCAGGCGUUCAGCAGCCAGCCGUCACAGUUUCCAUCACCAACUUUUGAAACUGGCUUUCAACAAUUUGGUGCCACUAGUCCAGGACAAUCUUUUAAAAAAUAUCAAGUUGCUAAAACACCAACUGCGCCACCUCAGUUUACAGCAGAAGAAUCUCAACAAUCUGCACCUUUUGUUCCUGUUCAAUUUCCUGUACCAUUUAGCAUUGAUAAUGAUGACCCACCAUCUACUAAAUUAAAAGUCAAUUCCCCAAAUUCUUCUAAUUGCUUAUUUUCAUCCUCAAAUUUUACUAAUGAAAAAAUUGAUAACAUAAGGGAACCCUCGCCCACGCAUAUUAAUACGAAUAAUUCUGCAAAAGCCGAUGUGUCUGCUGAAAGUGUUAGUCAAUAUUUACCUUCACUGAAUACACCACCUUCAUCUCCCAAUUUGCACUUACCUAAAGGACAUAGAAGAUAUAUGAGUGACACCACAGCAUUUAAUAAAGUUUAUGCAAAUGAAACUAGCCAGUUUCUGGCUCCAUAUCAGACCUCAGUCAAACCAAGAUCUAGUUCCAAUUCUCCUCCAGAAACAUCGGAAAGAAACUCAGGUUCCCAAGGAUUGUCAAGUUCUGCUAACAAAUUGAAUAAAAAUGUUUUUCCUGUGGAUAAUCGCUCUUUAUGUGACAUGGCCAAUUGGAAUCCAUUGGAGCCUACACCUUUUUCUCAAAUGACCGAAGACCAUAUCUUUGGCGCCGAGUUUGAUAAAAUCAGACACGGUACAGAAUGUAGUGAGUAG